GCUACCGCUCUUCUUCUACACUUCUCUCGCUCGCGCGCGCUCUUUCGGCACGCAGAACGGCUCCCGUCGGAAUCCUCAGUUGGUUCAACGCCGUCACCAGUCGCACGCGAGCGUACGAUCGUAGCCGAUACGUUUCUCGCGAACCUGCCGUCGAACGUCGCUCAAGCACGGAGCCUCGUCUCCCGGCGUGCGUGAGCGUCGAUUCGCGCCUCGCCUGGCAUCGCUCGGUUCGAUCCCUUGUGCCUCGAUCGAGUAUCAGUUUGGUGGUGAAUGUGUCGAGGAACCGCAGUGUUCUCCAGAAAGGGUGAAAGGACAGCAGCAGCAGCACACUGACUCAAAUUCGGCGUGAACCGCUGCGAACAUUCGCUGAGCGAGGACAUACGGACACGACAGACACGCAUACAUUCACGCAAAUACACACACACAUACAUACACACACACGCACACACACACACAUAUUAUAUAUAUAUAUAUGUAACACGUGCACGAUCAGUGAUAGUGCGAAGCGCAAUCCGGCUCGUUCUUCUCGAUUGCGCGCGAACGAAGUUUGGUGCUCACCUCGAUCGGCGGUCACCGAUCUUCGCCGACGGAGUUACGCGUGCGACCCCGCUCGAUCGCGAAUUUCGCCCAAGUUCGCAGGGCGGUACGGCGAACAUGAUGGAUUCCGUGCCGGUCACGGCGUCGGGGUCGUUGACCCCGUCGCAGCAGCAGCAGCAGCAGCAGCAGCAGCAACAGCAACAGCAGGCGCAGAAGAAGGGAGUCUCGUUCGAGUUUUCGACCUCGCCCGAUCUGGAGACCGGCUUCGAGCCGCAGACUCGAGCGCGGUCCAAUACAUGGCCGCUACCACGGCCGGAAGAGUACGUGGAAGGUAACGCACCGGUCGCGAAGGAAGGUGCCGAGGGCGGCACGCCGCCCCAUCAGGCGCAGCUCGCUCAGGGUCUUCUCCCGGUGAAGAAGAAUUCGUCGAGGAGGAACGCCUGGGGGAACUUGAGCUAUGCCGAUCUGAUCACUCAGGCGAUCACCAGCGCGCCCGAUCAGCGGCUCACCCUCUCGCAGAUUUACGAAUGGAUGGUCCAGAACGUGUCCUACUUCAAGGACAAGGGUGACAACAACAGCAGCGCCGGUUGGAAGAAUUCUAUACGUCACAACUUGUCACUGCACAGUAGGUUUAUGCGGGUGCAGAACGAAGGCACCGGUAAGAGUUCUUGGUGGAUGAUCAAUCGCGACGCCAAGCCAGGCAAAUCCGCCCGUCGCAGAGCUACUACCAUGGAGAGCACCGGGAGUCUAGAGAAACGACGCGGCCGUUCGAAGAAGAUCGCCGAAGCUAUAAGAAAUGGCGGAUUGCUAGCUGAACCCACGUCCAGUCCUAGCAGCAGCGUCGGAGAAGGUUUAGAUUUGUUCCCAGACAGCCCCUUGCCGCCUGCUAGCGGAUUCCAACUCUCCUCUGACUUCCGUCCUCGCGCCUCGAGUAACGCCUCUUCAUGUGGCCGAUUAAGUCCUAUCCCAGCAGUUCUCGGGGAACCAGAUUGGACACCAACCUAUGCAUCUUCUUACAGCCCGGAACAGCAAUUAGCAGAUACGAUCCUAGCAGGCAACCUGGCAGAUACGAUGAAACUGGAACCCUACCAAAUGUACCAGACAUCACCGCCGGCCAGCCACCAACAGCAAUCGGGCCCACCGCCGCCUUACUACGAAACGCAGUACCAGAGAAAUAACGGCCUACGCACGUCAUCAUCUGCAUCCUAUGGCCUGCCACCUACUUCGCAGCCGACCAACCAGCAAAGAUGCCCGAUCCAUGGCCUGCAGCCGUGCGCCUGUCAAAUGAACCUGAGUCCUGGCAUGUCACCGUCCGGCAUGUCGCCAUCGUAUCAGCAGAACGAGCCCACUCCUACGACACUGGGCAGCAAUCAGCAACAGACGCUGCAGUACAUGAUUCAGACGCAACGUCAACAGCAGCAACAGCAACAACAACAACAGCAACAGCAGCCGCAGCAUCAGCCUCAGCAUCAGCCUCAGCAUCAGCCGCAACAUCAGCCGGCACAAACUGGACCAGCUGGACCUAGUCCACCCAAUACGCCGACACCUUGCCCUCCAGCUAGCACGAUGAUGGGUCAGUUGAUGGGUGCGCUCAACCAUUCCGCCCUCGAUGACCUUAAUAUCAACAUCGAGGCGAUGCAUGGCGGUUUUGAUUGCAACGUUGAAGAAGUAAUCAGGCACGAAUUGUCGAUGGGCGGCACGUUGGACUUCAACUUCCAACAGGGGGUGAUGGGUACUGUGCAAGUCAGCGAUGGUAACGUCGUUGGCCAGAAUGGCGGCGUUGUCUCCCAGAACACGGGUGUCGUCAUCGGCACGACGACCGGCAACGCGCCGGGCGUCUACGUAAGCACGAAUGCGGCGACCCCCGCCGCGACCCCCUCGUGGGUUCACUAGCAGUUAACCCCUCUGCCCUCGACACCCCCGUCGUCCUUGCCGAUGCUGCCGUUGUCCGACGGAUCGCUGGAUAACUUCUGCGGGACGACCGAAGGGCAGCUCAUCGGUGAGUUCCUUGAGUUUGAGUUUCUUGAUUUUCAAGUUGCUGGUAAUCACAAUUGUUAUAUAUCGAGGCCGAGUGUCGAUAGAUUAAAUCGUGUAGUCGUUAGUCAUUUGGAUUUUCGAAAAUCGAAUCCAGGCCAAGAUUCGUAUUCAGAUUGUUAGAAAAAAAUUGUAGAAAAAUCAUGGAUUUAACUAUGAUUCGGUGAUAAUAGCUUUAAGCAGAGUUCAAUUUACAACGAUUCUACAUAAGAUCAUCCGUGCAAGAUUUUUAUUCAUUUUAUAUUUUUUAUUAUUUGGAGUCAGUAAAGAAAAAAAUUACUAUCGAUAUUGAUAUAUAUUUAAUGUUCAUUUCAUAUUUUGAGAUUAAAUGUUCCACGAGUGGUCAAUAAUUAAAAGUAGUUUAUUCUAGUUUAUCGGCUUUUGUAAACGAAGGAACUUGGACUAAUUUCCAGGCGAUAGCUUUACUCAAAUGCAUUAUGUAGUCGUGAAAUAAAGGAAAGACGUAAAUC